AUGCCACAUAUGAAACAAUUACAGACUCAAGCCAGUAUUCCCGUCAUUAUGCUCCAUGCUUUGGCGCAUAUUGAAUUGGGGGCCAUUGAUAAUUAUUGGGACACUAUUGUCCGUUUUGAUCCAAGUACCCAUCAAUUAGCUCGAGAUUUCUAUGAUGAUUUUCUCAAGGUGGUGACUGACGAGGCCAGACAUUUCACGAUGGUCGACGACCGACUGAGACAAUUGGGCUCGAAAUAUGGAGCACUACCAGCGACAAAGGCACUGCUGGUACAUGCAAGUAACACAGCUGCUGACUUGGCGGCGAGGAUUGCGGUCGUACCGUUGGUGCAAGAAGCGAGAGGGUUGGACUCGGGAAAUCGACUAGUGCAUCGGAUCAAGUCGAUGGGAGACAAAGACUCAGCACGUGUGGUAGAGCAGAUUGUGUGGGAGGAACGAGACCACGUGAGAUGUGGCAUCAAGUGGUUUAAACAUAUUGCAAAGGUACAGAAGAGAGAGAAAGACCAUGUGAUGUAUUUUCAAGAACUGGUGCUGCAGUUUUUCCCGGAUGGAUUACCGGGUCCGUUUGAUGUAGAUGCGAGACUUGCUGCCGAUAUGGGUACGGAAUGGUACCAAGCGCUAGAAAGCAAGGUGGCUCACUCUUAUCCGCCCCAAACGUCAGUUGUAAAAGCUGAGUUAGAGAAGGAGAAAUCACAAGAGACAAAUGCAAGAGUGGCGGCAUUCGCUGCUAGCAAGAAGAAGGCAAUUGUGACGGGGUCGGUGUGGCCCGAGCGGACAAGUUCCGCUGCUGGCGUGCGCAGUGCUGAUAUCAUACGUGUGCUGCAAGAGCGGGGUUUCCACGUACUUUGUGUAGCUCCCAGCCGUUUGAACGAUCACACAGCACGUCUUGAAGAGGAAGAUGGAGUAAGCUGUAUACAGGCAGAUGCAAACACCGACGCCUUCCAAAAGUUGUUGCUAGAGACGAUGCCACAGCUCGUAAUUUUUGACAGAUUUAUUGCGGAGGAAAUGUAUGGGUGGCAAGCUAAGAAAUAUUCUCCAGAGGCUCUGCGAGUAUUGGAUCUACAAGACCUUCACUUUGUUCGUCGCGCUCGAGAGUUUGCAGUGACAAAGUACGGAACGACGCUCGAGGAUACGCUGGACGGGGCACGGCUGAAUAUUUCUCCUGUGGAAAAGCUUGCCAUUCGCGAGCUAGCAUCAAUUCACCGUUCUGAUCUAACGCUUUACGUAUCGGACUUUGAACGCGACUUGCUAAUAUCGCGCUUCCAGGUUCCUGACGUGAGCCUACACCGAUGCGACUUCUUCUAUCCUCAAAUCCAGACUUCAAAGCUGCGAGCUUUCGGCGACCGGAAAGACAUUGCAUUUAUUGGCAGUUUUAAACAUUCUCCUAACGUUGAUGCUGUGGAGUGGACGAAGAAAACCAUUCUUCCCAUGUUUCGUAGCAUAGGAGGGGACGCUGAGGUGCAUGUAUAUGGUUCAUAUGGAAAGACCAAGCGCUUUGCGAAGCUAGACGACCCUAAACAGGGUUUUUUCAUGAAGGGGUUUGCCCGGGAUGCACAUGAAACGCUGAGCCAGUAUCGUCUAAGUAUCGCACCAUUGCGUUUUGGUGCUGGUAUUAAGGGCAAGAUCGCGGACAGUUGGUUCGUUGGUACACCGUGCGUUAGUACCUCGAUUGGAGCUGAAGGCAUGAUUUCCGAAACUACGCCCUGGGGAGGCUCGAUUGCUAAUGAUCCUCGAGCUUUCGCUCGCGAGAUGUUGCAACUGUACGAUGAUGAAUUGCGCUGGACUUGUGCCAAGGAUGCUGGUGUAGCAGCAUGCUCGACACGAUACGAUUGGUCACGAAAUGCUGACAGUUUAAUGGAAUGUGUUGAGCGCGCAUUGAAUGAGAAAAAAUCCUUACGUGAACAGAACUGGAUGGGGCGUAUUUUGUGGUCCGAGAAGUUUCGUGCAACGGAAUACAUGUCAAGGUACAUACGCAUGAAAAACGAAGGUGCGAGCAAAUGUAAUGACUAG